AUGCAGUCGCGACGGAUCUGCGUGCUCAUGCUGGCGACGCUCGCGCUCUGCUUCCCGCUCUACCUGUGCCUCAUCAUCCCCUUGUACCGCCCCCAUGUGAAGUCGACGGUCAGCAAGGACAGAGGAGCUGCCGGGUCCGCCGCCAGGACUCGCCUGGUAGUCUCCGUCAGUUCCCUGCUAGGGCGAGUGGACUAUCUGCGCAGAUCGCUGCCGUCGAUCGAGAAGCAGUCGCUGAGGCCCGACAGGAUCGUAGUCAACAUGCCGCUCUACACGAGGUUUGGAAACAUCACUGCAGGAGACGUCGAGUCCUUGGUGGCUGCGCUGGGCUCCACCACUGGGCCCCUGGAGAAGGUGAAAGGAAAACGUCACGACUACGCCAACAGACUCUACUAUCUUCACUUCCUCGACAGAGACUUCGGGCCUGCAACGAAGUUGCUGGGAGCUCUGCAGGUAGAGAAGGAUCCCGAGACACUGGUGGUCACCCUUGACGAUGACUGCGAGUACUCGCCCGAGGUGCUCGCAGCUCUCCGAUACCACAUGCCCGCCGAAGGUAGCUUGAGUGGUCUCUGCCAAGAGCUCCCUCCCCUCAUGCCGAUCCAUGGCAUGGUGACCCUUGGGUUCCCUCAUGGCAUCCUUGCCAAGGCGGGCUGGUACGCGGAGGAUAGAAUCAUCCCCUGCUAUGGAUGGCUGAUGGGGUACACGGGGAUAGCGUACCGGGUUCGGUACUUCGGCAGCGACAUCUUCGAAUACUUGCAGAAACUCCCCUCAGGAUGUUUCUUCCAUGACGAUGUCUGGCUGUCAGGGUACCUGUACAAGAAGGGCAUCCAGCGGUUCUACUACCCCUUCGUGCCUGACCCCAUGCACUUCUCCAGGCACCCGAACAUGAGCAUCAGCUCGAUCUCGGACACGCAGUCCAGGCAUCAGCUCCCCUGUGUCGAAUACUUCAAUCGCUUCGGAUGGAACUGA